AUGAACAACCACAGUGUGAUCACAGAGUUUGUCCUCUUAGGCCUUUCUGAUGAUCCUGACCUUCAGAUUGUGAUUUCCCUCUUUCUGUUUGUCACAUAUAUUUUAAGCAUCACUGGAAACAUGACUAUCAUCACCCUAACCUUGGUGGACUCCCAUCUGCAGACCCCAAUGUAUUUCUUCCUCCGGAACUUCUCCUUCUUAGAAAUCUCCUUUACGACAGUAUGCAUCCCGAGAUUUCUGGGGGCAAUUAUCACCAGGGAUAAGACCAUUUCCUACAACAGCUGUGCAGCUCAGCUCUUUUUCUUUAUAUUUACCGGAGUGACUGAAUUUUACCUUCUCACAGCCAUGUCCUACGACCGCUAUGUGGCCAUCUGCAAGCCCCUGCACUACACAACCAUCAUGAAUAGGAAGCUCUGCACCUUGCUCGUAUUAUGUGCUUGGCUGGGGGGGUUUCUGACUGUUUUCCCUCCCCUUAUGCUUCUCCUCCAGAUGAAUUACUGUGCUUCCAAUGUUAUUGACCACUUUGCAUGUGACUACUUUCCACUCUUACAACUAUCUUGCUCAGACACAUGGCUCCUAGAAGUAAUUGGCUUUUACUUUGCUGUGGUUACUUUGCUGUUCACCUUGACAUUAAUGGCUUUGUCCUACAUGUCCAUCAUCAGGACUAUUCUGAGAAUC